UACAUACACUUGACUGUAUAAUUUCAAUUAAAAACGGGUGGAUUUAAACUUUUGGUUUAUUGUACAGGGUGUAUAAAUCAGUAUAGAUACUUGAAUAUUUGUCAAGUGGUAUUGGAAUAGAUAAAGCAGUAAAAAGAAUUAUCCAAACAAGCGAAAAGAGAAAGAGGAAGAGAAAGGAUUAUUUUUAAAACAAGAGAAUAAGGUUGACAGUUAUAACAAAAUGGAAGGCUCUGUUCAAGACCAGCUAGAACAAACUACGCCUGUUGACUGGCAACACAAUAAGGACCUUGGUGACUGCAUGAUAGAGAUUUAUAACAAGGGACUUUGGACAGAUGUCACGUUUCGUUGCAAAGAUCAUGAUGAAAACGAAGGAAUUCAUGCACACAAAAUAGUUCUAGCAGCAAGAAGUCCAGUCUUCCAGGCGAUGUUUUUCGGUCCAUGUGCCAACGGAAAAGACGAAGUUCAACUUGACAACGCUGAGGCGAAAGUACUGGAUUUAUUUCUAAGGUAUAUUUACAGUGACACAGUGACACUGGCUGAAGAAAAUGCUUCUUCAGUGCUGGAAAUGGCUCAUUAUUAUCAGGUCUCCAAUCUUGUACAGUUCUGUGCUGAUUAUCUUACUUCUAUAACAACAGCCGAGAAUGCCUGUGAAAUCUUAAACCUGGCUUUGCGUUAUGAAGUUACAACUCUCCGUGAUGCAUGCUGCACUUUUACUGACGAAAAUGCAGAAGAAAUUCUGAGCUCUAAAGAGUUCUUAGAAUUAUCAGAGGAUUGCCUGACAUACAUUUUGAAAGGGGAUACUUUCUAUGCAGACGAAAAUGGUAUAUUCAUAAAGGCUGAAGAAUGGUCAAAGAGAAAACUGGAAGAAAGGAACAUAGAGAAAACUGGCCCAAAUGUAAGAAAAACACUAGGCGGAUCAUUUUACUACAUCAGGCUUCCAACUUUGACAUAUAAGACAUUGAUGGAGUGCACUCGAAAAAAAUGUUAUUUUUCUCUUCAGGAAUUCGAGGACAUAGUUGACUUCAUCAAUGAAAUUCCUGAUUCCUUGGUGGAGAGCAAUUCAUGCGUAACUAGACUGCCAACAGAAGAAAUACUGACAGUAAAUGAUGAGUUUGGGGAAACAAACCCAACUAACACUCUAACAACAAGUUUUCAGAUUUCUGUAUCCAGAGAUGUAAAAUUAAAAAAUGUUACUCUCGCACCAAUACAGAAAUAUUUCAAAUACGUCGACAAAUUUUAUAGCACUCGCAACUGCCGAAAUGUACCAGUAAACGAAAAGGAUACGAUGAGUUUCUUUUCUAAUAAUAAUGGUAAGGUAAUGAAACUAGAAGAAAAUUACUAUGGUAACACAGUAUUUAAAACAGCAUAUGUCCUAAAUGAAGUGACAGGAACUGACCUGUCAGAAGACCUCAACAUAGUUAUAUCAGGUAGAUUAGAGGUUACAAACCGCAAAAUAAAAUUAUCCGAUAAUACUGUCUGUCGUGACAACCUUGAAAACCUGCAAGAGGAAAUUGAAGUGGCAGAAAUUGGCGGUAACCUUACAGAAGAUGGACUAAGUUUUGAAGAAAGCUUUAGUAACCAUGGCGAUGAUGAAGAGAAUGAUGUUUGUUUGAUAUUUGAACAGAACUUACAGUUGAUGUCGACAGACGAAACACAAAGGGUAGUUGUUCUAACUGUGCCUCUGACCCUUACAAAGACCGGAUCGCCAUAUACAGUUACAGUAAAUCUUGGGUUCAGCUGUGAAAGCGAGAUGAAAAUGAAGACAAGUAGUAGCAGCAAAAACAUUGUAACAAGCGAGUAUGGAGAUGUUAAAGUAGAAAAUAUAUCUGGUGACUUUGCAGGAAUUACAAGCCUCGGAUUUGAAAAUAUUUCAAAUAGAGAAUCUGCAAAAUAGUGAAUAUAACUGGAAAAUUAAAAAUUUUGGGUACAAGUUUAGGUCAGUCGACUAGAACUGCGCACACAUUGACAUUGCAACAAAGGUGCUAAUGUUAUUUUGUGCCUGGCAUAUAAUAUACUAGUAUUACCAUAAAGAAAGUAGUUUCCUGUAAGGAUUUGAAAUAUGAAGCGGUUAAUUGAUUAAAAAAGUACAAUCGCUUGUUCUAUAACUUUGACAAACAGAAAACAGUGUUAUCAAUCUAAUAGACAUGUAUUUACAUAUCCUAAGUUAACCUUAAACAUAUUCAUUUUGUCAUUUAUUAGACCUAAACAAAUCUUUGUUUCCGAUAAUAAGUAGGUAGGUCGGGAUUUUUUUUUUUUUUUUUUUUUUUGAAAUUGUUUUUUAUUAAGUGAGACUUUUCGGAAAUUAUUUUAUGUCAAAACAUGAAUAACGGGGUUAUACCUUUAAAGCAUCAGUAAGUUGAUGUCUAACAUCACUGACCAUGUUUAAAGCAAAAAAAAUGUUGAAAAAAAUCUCCAGGGCCAUAAAAAUAUUUAAGGUCGGGCCAAAAAUUUAGGGUAGGUCGGGAUACCGGAAACAAACAUUUUUUACGCCUUAGGAACCAAACAUAUAUCAGAAACAGUAAUCUUGUGAUUCUGAAUCGAACAAGGAAACAAACAUUGAUCUUUAAAAAAUAGCGUUUUCAGUAACCAAAGUGUCCUGUCCCAAGGCAUUUUGUGAUAACUGUUUCCAUUGAUUGUUUUAUAAUUCCAUAACUAUUACUUUUCAUGCACUAGCUUUUCAUGCUAUCUCAAUGACAUAAUAGUUUCUUUAAUAAAUGAUCGGUAAAGGCAUUAAAGGACAAAUUAUCGUUUAUAUUUUAAUAUCUGUUCUACUCAUCCAUUUUUCAUUUGUUUGUUUCAUUUUUUGUUGUUGUUGUUGUUUUUUUUGUGUGUAACGUCGCACCGACACAGUUAUAGGUCAUAUGGUGACUUUCAAGCUUUGUUGUUGGAGGAAAAACCCAGGUGCCCAUCCGUGCACUAUUUCCUCAUGAGCGGGUACCUGGGUAGAACCACCGACCUUCAGUAAUUUAACUUGAUGGCUUCCUCACAUAAAGAGAGUCAUCGUUCCAAGUGCAGCUCGAACCCACAUCGAUGAGGGACAACUGUUUGUUUCACGGUACGAUCGGAAUAUAGUUCACUCUGCAAACAGUAAAGGUAAUGCACGCAUCUUUGGUAAAUCAACAUUUUCUGGAAUUGACCUAAAAUGGGUCAGGUAAACGAUAGAGAAGUUGAAGUGAACAAAUCGAAUUCUGAAACAUCCAGUACUAAUUGAGAUGCACAUUUUCGCGGUGCUUUUGCGGUGUUAUUUUUUGUUUCUGUUAAAGGAAAAAAUUGUUUGUCAUUUUUCUGUUUCAUAUUAUUAUCUGCCUUUUUCCUCCUGUUACCGUUAUUUCUUAGUCAGAAAAAUACAAAUGAGUCUAUUUUUAUUAUCUCGUUUAUGGCUUUUUCUGUAAAUGCAAAACUACAAAUGAAUCCACUGUUAUUUUAUUACCACUCAACAAAAAUAUCAGUGCUAUUGAUAGUGAGGAAGAAUUUUAGUUGAAUCUGAUUGACGCUUUGAAACUUUUAAGACAAUCGCGGUCACUAGUAAAACCAGAAAAAAUUGAAAACUGUUAUGCCCACGCCGGCUUUAAACAUGAAACACAAUUACCCAUGGAUAUUUCCGAUGAUGAGGACGACGACAUUCCUAUUGCACGACUUGUGGAAAUGUUCAAAAUGAAAAAAGACGAUGGGACGUCAUGUAUUGACAUUGACUUAGAAAUUCCAGUGUGCGCGGAAACUGGUGAUUCUGAUAUUGUGAGUGAUUUAUAAAUGGCGAGAAACAACGAGAUCACGGAGGUCGGCGACGACGAUGAGGAACCAGCUCCUACACUACCGCCGUCGGUGUCGAAGUUUUUCGAAUGCCAGGAAAACACAGAUAACGAACUUUCAAUCAUGUGCAGUGUAUACAAAUCUCUUAUGAAAUUUCAGUUUAACAGGCAAACGGCAGUACAAACGUGAAUCAAAGACUUUUUCAGAAAUUAACUGGAACAAUGAAAGAACAUUGUUUUAAAUGUAUAUUGUACGAUUUAUUUGUGUUCUGAACAUGUGUGUUUGUUUAUUCUGAAUGUGUACAGUUUUAAAUGAUACGACGUUAUCAUUUGUAUUUGUUUCAUACUCGUAUAUUUGUUAUUUCUGUGUUUCGAAAAUUGUUUCGAAUGUACGUUUUAUGUAUUGUAUUCUGUACAUGUGUGCACGUGUGUUUUUUUUCUUUCUUUAGAUGCUACGACGUCACAUCAAAUGUUCUUGGAAGUUAAAUGUGUUCGUCUAUCAUUUGUAUUUAUUUUAUAAUCGUAUACAGUAUUUGUUAUAAGAUGAAAGAUGUUAAUAUGCGUGCUUAAAAUAAUUUGAUAAAAGUGACA